UAAACUUUCGCAAUGCACUGUGGGUAAUAUGGUCAGUGUUUUGAACGCCGAGGGGAAGAAUGGUUGCUUUUCUCACAUAUACAAGCUUCAAAACAUGAUGUAUGUACAAUAAUUUAGAUUAAAAUAAUACGGUGCGUUGGUUAUAUGUUUCAUCAGUUAACAGGGGAAGUAAAACCCUAAGCAGUUUGCCGUUUCCUUAACCUAAUAGUGUGUUUAGUGUUAACAAGCUAUGUUGCUAAUUUAGCUUCCAAGACGAAACAAUUUACCGAAAACAGUUGAUAAACUGUUCCAUACCGAGUCUUGUAGAAAUGAAACGACUGCGUGUUAUGGUUGUAUGUAAGUACACAACGCUAGUUUUGUCAAUAUAUGGUUUUUUUCAUGUACAAUGAAAGGCUGACGUCUGUUAGCAGUGGAAACGCUAAUAUUGAUUGAUUGAUCGAUCGAUCCCAGAGAAUCGGGAAUAAGCACAUUUCGUGGGGCAGAAAUGGAUAAUAGUGCUGAAAAUAUAGACAACGACGACAUUGUCAUCAUUGUGGAAAAUGAAGCUGAAAGUUUGCCUGCCGAGGAGGAGAGGCUCAAGCAGCAGGGCACAUUCGGACUAAUGGAUACCUGUCCCGUCUGCAAGUUGAGCUUCCAGAACAGGGAACCCAAACUGCUGCCGUGUCUCCACUCCUUCUGUAAGAAGUGUCUUCCGGCGCCCUUCAGGACUGCUGACCCGAGGAGAGACUCACCAGCUAUAGUGGACAACGGCAAACCGCUAGUGGGUGCCAUUCGAUGUCCUGUAUGCAGGCAAGAAUGCUGGGAAAUAGACGUGCUGGAUAAUUAUUUUGUCAAGGACUCUGCUGAAGUGCCAAGCAGCACAGUAGAGAAAAGCAGUCAGCUGUGUAUGAGCUGUGAUGACAACACAGAAGUGACAGGUUACUGCGUGGAGUGCGUGGAGUACCUGUGCUUGACAUGCAUCGAGGCGCACCAGAGGGUAAAAUUCACAAGGGAUCACACCAUCCGACAAAAGACAGAGAUGUCUCCAGAAAUUCCAGGGUUCUCCGCACAGAAGCCAGUUUUUUGCGACAUCCACAAACAGGAGCCACUGAAGCUGUUUUGUGAAACGUGUGACCGACUCACGUGUCGAGACUGUCAGCUGCAGAAGCACAAAGAUCAUAACUAUCAGUUUUUGGAGGAUGCGUACAGGAACCACAAGCAAUAUCUGGAGAACAUGACACAGCAGUUGCAAGAGAAAAGAAAAGCUGUUGAGGAUGUUUCCUGCUGUAUCAACUCUGGACUUCAGCAGGUUGAUGAAAACCGGAAAGCUGUUACCAACGAAAUAAAGAAAUCCAUUUGUAACUUAAUCAUGGAGAUCAACAGGAAAGGAAAGAUUUUGGUGAACCAGCUGGAGGGUCUCACCAAAGAACAUGAGGUCAGUUUGAAGAAGCAGCAGGACGACGUCAACUCUCUGGGUCAGCACCUCGACCAUGUGAUCAGCUUCACAAAGUGGGCAACGGCUAGCCAUAGUGGGACGGCUCUCCUGUACUGCAAGAGACUGAUUCUUUACCAAAUUCAUUUCCUGAUGAGAGCAGGCUGCAGUCCCUCAGUCAUCCCACAGAGUUCUGUUCGCUUUCAGUGUCGCUCCGGAUUCUGGGCCACAAAUGUCGAUCUUGGUUCACUGAUGGUGGAAAGGGGCCCAGGACGAAUGCCCAUCCCCAACAAUCAGUCCGGACCGAGAGCAGAGCCUACAGCUGCCAGCCUGUCCCUCUCAGCUCAGCAGCGACAGAGUACACUGGCCCAGCUCCAAAUGCAGGUUGACAAGCUUUCCCAACAGUCCCACAGACAACAGCCCCCAUCCAACUACUGGUCCUGGUACCAAAACAUCAGACCUCCGGGACCCUUGGGCCCACCACCACCCACCAGGCCAAUCAACGGAGAUUCCUCCCCGUCCCAGGGACCGACGAGUGUGAUGCAACUAGGACGUAGGUUUGGGAGUUCCGCCAACAGAAGUCCUACAUCAUCCAUGCUUCAGAACACGGCCUUUUCCUCUGCUCAGUCUCUGAGAGAACUGAUCCAUCAGUCCAGCCUCCAUCCCAAACCCACCGAUGUGUCGCAGGGGGCCACACGAUAUCCGCAUCCGCUGUCUGUCGGAGCGGCUGCACACGGUUCACUGCACCAGAGGCUCGCACCAGAAUCCUCCUUCCUGAAAAGGACUGAAGCCAGCGGCUCUGUUCCGUCCAUCACCAUCUCUGUCCCCAAAAUGAGCUCAGCGCCAAGUAUGACGUUAACGGCAGCUGACAAAACAGCCCCGUUUAAACACGUAUCAGUCCAAGGAAGGCAAAACUCUUCUGCAGCCAAACCCUCAUCUUCAGACAGAAGCUCAGGAUCGUCUUCGUGGAAGCAGACGCCCGAUCCUCCGCCUGCCAAGCGACGAAGGAGGUUUUCUCCAGGUCCAAUAAUUGUCAUCAAGGACGAACCAGAGGAUGAGGAUGAAGUUCAUUUUGUUCAGUCCAGUUUGCCUGACAGCAGCACAGGUGCUCCCUCAAAGCCUCGGCAGCAACAUCAUCACCAACAGCAGCAGCAACAACAGCAGUCAUUUGUCCCAGAUCCAGCCCCUAACCCAGAGUCCAGUGCUGUUAAAGAACCGUGUCCUCAGCCCUCGGCAACAGCACCGUCGGAGAAGCGGGCGGAGCCGGAGGACGAUCCCAACGAGGACUGGUGUGCUGUUUGUCAGAACGGAGGAGAGCUGCUCUGUUGUGACAAGUGUCCCAAAGUUUUUCAUCUCUCCUGUCACAUCCCCUCCCUCAACGAGUCUCCCAGUGGUGAGUGGUUCUGUUCACUCUGCCGAAACCUGGUCUCCCCUGAGAUGACGUACGGCUGUGACAGUAAGGACGAGAACACCUCAGACGGAUUGUCGCCUCUUGAUAGAAGGAAGUGUGAGUGGUUGUUGCUGCGUCUGCUCUGCAACGACUUCAGCACUGACUUCCAAGGGCCGGCGUCUCAAUCGGAGACAAAAAGGUACAAAGAGCUUAUCCAGAAACCGAUGGACUUGUCCAUCGUGAGGAGGAGACUGGCGUCAAAAUCCGAGGAAGACUGUUACACUUCUCCAGAGGGUUUGGUUGCAGAUGUCCGGCUGAUAUUUUUCAACUGUUCCAAGUACUUCAAGGCGACCUCAGAAGUGGGGAGUGCAGGCCUCUACUUGGAGGACUAUUUUGAGGAGCAACUGAAGGUCGUCUACCCUGACAAGGUGUUCCCAGGAGGGAGGGAAGAACAGAUGAUCCCUCCUCUAGAGGAUGAAAUAGAAGACGAAGAGGAAGAGAUGAUGCAGGAAGGUGAGGCACACAGAGGAGAGGAUGAACCCCAAAACAUUGAGGGAAAGGGAAUCCCCUCUCUAGAAGAGGAUCUGGAUCCCGAACAGGAAACGGCAGCGACAGCAGAGGAAGAAAAGCUCGAAACAGUGGAAAAAGCAAACGACGAGGAGGAAAAGGAGAAGAUGAUGAGUGAACCGGCUGCUGACGGAGAAGUGGCAACCAUGGAGGAGGUGCAGCAGGAGGAGACAACCCCUGCAGAGGCAGUGAAGAGCUCUCAGACUGAUGGUGGGGAAACGAGACAAGAAGGAGCUCCCUGCUCCUUAAAACUGGAGACCCCUGAGCUCCAUGAAGACUGUAAAACUGUUGAACCACCUGAAAACCACGAGGAGGAGUCGGCUCCUGUAGACACAGCCAGUCAGGAAGAAGGAUAGAUGGAGUGUCUGUGUGUGCGUGUGUGCGUGUGUGUGUGUGUGUGUGUGUGUGAGUGUGUGAUAGAUGAUUGUACUCUUUGGUCGAAUUUGCCCCAGUGGGGAUGGGUGUUUGCUGCAGGCAGUUUUUGUACCAUUUUAUACAUGUAGUAGUAACGAUUAUGGUAAUACAGCACUGACAGGACUUGUACAGUUGACGUGAAACUGUAGAUGUACAUUUAAACUAGUGAAAUUGUACAGAGGUUUCGUACUAGGGCAGUUUUCUGUGAUGCCAACGCAUAGAAGGUGAAGUGUAAAUUAUCAGGCAAAUGUACAAUUGAUGCAAUCAGACUAGAUGGCAAUGCAUGUGUUAAAACUGAAUAUAAAUUCUGUCACAUGACGGUUGUUCAUAGGCUAAAGCCCUUGUUUAAUGGCUGCUGGACUGGUAAACAAAUGGUAUUUUAUAGGUUUUGGUCAAAGUUCCUGUCAUAAAGCCAUAUACAUACAAAUAUGGCUGCUGUACUGUAGUUUUUUUUUAAAGCUGAUAUAUUGGUGCUAUCAGUGUGUAAACUCCAAUCAAAAAGAAAACAUGAUGAAACUGAACUGUUCUUACAAUACAGUUGUUUUGUCCAAAUCAUAAAAUGUAUUAUUUGGCUGUUCCCUGUCACAAGAUAAGUUAGGAGACACUGUGUCACUAUCAGCUUCUGAGAACAGCGUGCUGUAUCUGCGCCCGAAUGUGUCACUCAGUAUUACUUGACAAGAACCCUAAUAUUAAUAAACAAUGGAUUUAUUAACUUUUGGACCAUUUCAAAAGAGGUAAUGAAUGUAAGCAUGGCACCUUAACAUAGGAACAGACCUGGAUCCACGCAGCAACUAUGAAUGAACAACAAUAAUGAGCAUUAAAACAGUGGCAUUUUAAUAUUUGUAAUAAAUCUAUUACAUAGAACUGA